GAAUUAUCUUAUAGAAAAUCAGGGAAGAAAAAAUGGCAAAUGCAGCGUCUGGGAUGGCUGUGCAUGAUGACUGCAAGCUGAAGUUUUUGGAAUUGAAAGCAAAAAGGACUUACCGCUUCAUUGUUUUCAAGAUUGAGGAGAAGCUAAAGCAGGUGAUUGUGGAGAAGCUUGGUAAACCAACUGAUAGCUACGAAGACUUCACUGCCAGUCUUCCUGCCAAUGAGUGUCGAUAUGCUGUUUAUGACUUUGAUUAUGUAACAGAUGAGAACUGCCAGAAGAGCAGGAUUGUUUUCAUUGCAUUGUCCCCUGACAUAUCUAGGGUGAGAAGCAAGAUGAUUUAUGCGAGCUCCAAGGAUAGGUUUAAGAGAGAGUUAGAUGGUAUUCAGAUCUAGUUGCAAGCUAGUGAUCCUACAGAGAUGGGGCUCGAUGUUAUUAGAAGCCGUUCGAAUUAAAUACUUUGCCUGCCAUGCAAGGGAGUCCAUACCAUUGAGUUCAACAAGUUUAAUGUUUAUAUAUUUGCACUUGGAUUUUUCUUAUUAAACUUUCUUCUCCUGUUAUGUUUGUGGAUUAAUGGGGCGAGUACCCUCUCCAGUGUGUUACUUACAUACAAUAGUUAUAUGAUGAUUUGUGUGGAGGCAUUUAUUAUAUGUUGCCCUCAAAAUAGGGUGAAAUCUACUUUCAAUUAAAUUAUGCGUCGUUUAAUUAUCCACAA